CAACGUUCCUCCUUAUGCUCUUACAAUUACCAUGAUUAUUUCCGCGCUUCUUGCAAACUGUUAAGGUUGCUAGAUAGUUAGACGACGGCGUGGUUCCGGAAAACAGAGGCGCACAUAGAUAGCGGUGAAUCCGGAAUCACCCAUCGCACAGGAACGCCGACAACGACAACACCAUCAAACCAUCCAUACCCCUCGAACCACGACUAGAAACGCGAAUACACACAUCACAGCCAAAUAUGACAAAUAAUACGGCCAAGGAGACGUCAUCCUCGACGGCUCCCGCCCCUACUGUCGAUGAGUUUGGAUUGCCGCUGAAAAGCUUUCCAGCUACAAGCAGUGGCGCCGUAACACCCACCGGCCCUCCCCGCGACCAAGAAAAGACGAUCGAAACGGUUUCAAAAGUAGACUCGACCCCUGCUACUUCAAAAACAAAACAUGCAGCUGAAGAAAAGGAGUCCAAGACUGCCGUAGCGGAUGACCCAGCCAGCGACAGCGACGAAGCCGACUUCAAAGAUGCACAGUCAGAGAUUGACCCGGAAUCGAACGUUGCAACCCCCGUCACACAGACACCACCUCCAGUGCCAGUCCCAUCCAAGCUACCUCAAUCAGAUUCGGUUGCUACAAUAAAGGCUAGUGAGGAUACCUCGGGAACAGGCGAUGAGGAGGCUAGUGUCUCAAAACGCUCAGGCGAUGUGCCCGCUACUGAGGAAGCGAAGGCAGGAAAUGCCGAUGCUGGUGCUCCCGCCGCUCCCACCACCGAUACCACGAAGAAGAACGAGACGACAUCGCAAAAGCCAUCCCACAACAGAGAUGUGAGCCUUGCUAGCAUCACCACUAGUGUUGGCGGUGUGUCCGAGUUUUCUCAUCAGCAACUACAAGUACAAGAAGAAGAGACACCGGAAGAUGAAGACAGCGGAUGGCAAGAAAUGCCGUCUUUUGCGCGAUACGACAUGUACAACGACGAUAAUAAGCUGAUUGCCCGCGAAAUGACCGAAGAAGACGACCAAACAUAUGGCUAUGGAAACCUGGGCGGUGCUGGCAAAGGAUACACGCGUGUGCUCAUGGAUGAAGAUGCGGAAUCUGCCACAAGCAUGGAUGAGAAUACCCAGUACCUCUUCAAGGACGUAAAGGGCACCAACGUGAAUGACGAUGACGCUAGAGAUGCCAUGGGUCAAAUGCAAGCCACCAAAGACCUCCUCACUGAGGGUCAGAGAAUAGCCUAUGUCGGCGUUGCUCGACUAGAGAUUGCCAAGCUCAUUAAGGAGGGCGAAGCGAUUGAGCUGAACAAAAAGGCCAAGAAGCAGGUCACUAUGUCGGUAGAGGCCCUUCGAAUGUGGGGUCAGAAGAUUAUGCUUCGCAUAUAUUCACACAUGGAUAUUAGCGAAGCAGAACAGGUCAUGAUUGAACAGCUUGCAGAGCACGGCGUUCAGCCAGCCGACUUAACGCCUACCCUUCAUGCUAACUCUAGAGUUCAUAACCCAAUGGCUGAAUCGGAUGACGGAAAGGGUACAAAAAGCGCGCCAAUGUCACCGACGAGCCCAGACGACGAAUUACCGGCAGAAGCCCCUCCGCCCUAUCAGAUGGACAACAACAAUGCUGUACCGGAUGCCCAAACACCAGCACAGCUGCCAACAACUAAACAGAUUGAUAUCGACUUGCGAUGGACGGUAUUGUGCGAUCUAUUUCUACUGUUGAUUGCCGACUCGGUUUAUGACUCUCGUUCUCGAGUAUUGUUGGAGCGGGUCGGUGCCUCGCUGGAUGUCGAAUGGAUCGAUAUUUGCCGCUUCGAAAAGAGAGUUACAGAUGCGCUAGAAAUGCAACAAGAAGCCGAAAAAGAAAACUGGAAUGAAGACGAGCACAUGGAGGAACGCAGAAAAAAGGCACUCAAGAAGAGAUAUGUCAUGAUGGGUCUGGCGACUGUUGGUGGUGGCCUGGUGAUUGGUCUUUCUGCUGGUCUACUCGCUCCUGUUAUUGGUGCUGGCUUAGCUGCUGGAUUUACGACGAUUGGUGUUGGAGGCACUGGUAGCUUUUUGGCUGGUGCCGGCGGAGCUGCCAUUAUCACGUCGUCUGCGGCGGCCUCUGGCAGUUUCAUUGGCGUGCGUGCCGCUAACCGUCGAACGGGUGCCGUCAAGACGUUUGAAUAUCGCCCGCUACACAACAACAAGCGUGUAAACCUCAUCGUUACGGUGUCUGGUUGGCUCACAGGUAAAAUGGAUGACGUUCGUCUACCAUUUAGUACAGUCGAUCCUAUCAUGGGCGAUAUUUACUCAAUUCUAUGGGAGCCGGAAAUGCUGCGAAGCAUGGGUGACACCAUUAACAUUUUGGCCACGGAGGCUCUUACCCAAGGAUUACAGCAGAUCUUGGGAAGCACAAUCCUCAUCAGUCUGAUGGCUGCGCUGCAGCUGCCUCUGGUGUUGACCAAGCUGUCGUAUCUCAUCGACAACCCGUGGGCUGUUUCUCUCGACAGAGCAACCGCAGCAGGUCUAAUUCUGGCUGACUCUCUCAUCGAACGUAGCCUGGGUACGCGACCCAUUACCUUGGUUGGUUACUCGCUGGGCUCGCGUGUUAUCUUCUCUUGCCUGCAAGAGCUGGCAAAGAAGGGUGCCUAUGGCUUGAUUCAAAACGUCUACAUUUUUGGAUCGCCAGUAGUAGUCAAGAAGGAAGAGUACAUCCGCGCCAGGACGGUGGUGAGCGGCCGGUUCGUCAACGGUUACAACCGAAACGACUGGAUUUUGGGCUACCUGUUCCGCUUGACCAACGGCGGCAUCAGAAGCGUAGCAGGCCUUGCGCCAAUUGAAGACUUGCCAUGGCUGGAGAACAUGGAUGUUACAGAUCUGGUCAAGGGCCACAUGGAAUACCGUGCCGCCAUGCCUACCUUGCUGAUGAAGUGUGGUUGGACAGUCACGAGCGAAGAGUUUUCUGAAAUUGAAGAUCCGGAUCCCGAGAAUCACCAGGAGCGACAACGGGAGCUGAUCAACGAGAUUGAAGAGGCCCGCAAAGAACUCGAGAAGGAAGGCAAGGCCUCCAAGGGUGGGCGGUUCAGCAUAUUCGGGCGCCGCAAGAAGGAGCGCCAGGAAUGGGAGGUCUACGAAGACCAGAGCUCCUCAGCAACGGCUGGAGCAGCCGCAGCAACCGCAGCAGCAUCAUCGACUGACGGCGGGACAAAGAGUCCUGCUGCUGGCGACAACCCACAAGGAGGUGUCUUGUUUGAUAUCGACGCUAUUCGAGCAGAGCUGGCCAAAGAAGCGGAGCGCGAGAAGGAGGCCGGUGGCGCUGGGUCUUCAGCAACGGGCGACGGCGUGGUUGCGGAGGACGAAAAGUUUGUGAUUCGCGAGAUCAAGACGACGCUGCCUCCGAUGAAGCUGGACAUUUCGCCAGUGACACCGUCGACGGCAGCAACCAGCCCCUUGAACCAGGGAGGCAACGCUGCCGGUGUGCUCGGUGCGCGUUCGGUGAGCGAGUCGAGGUUACCUGAGACGAAGAAGUCGGUAUCUGGGUUUCAACCGUACCCGGAGUCGGGCCUGGCAGCGUACCACUCGGAGCCUGACUUUGGAGAGGAGCAGGUGCAAAUGACGUUUGACACCUCGUUUGAAGACGGGCCUGGGGAGAUAUACGGCAGGGAAUCGGGGGGUCCAAGCGUCGAGAGAUUGGACCAGCACCAGCUGGCCGUGCUUGGCGCUGGUGGUGCAAGCCUAGCCAAUAUGACGAUUGCGGACCCUUGGGCAGACCCUGACGAUGCAGAGUUUGGACAAGAAGAGGGCGAGAUUUCCAUGACGUUUGCUUGAGUCUGCGGCAGACUGUCUGUGCAUGGACAAGCGGCAGGAACGUCUUGCGUUUUAUGCCAUUCUGACGUUAGUUGGUGAUGCCAUUUAUUCUACGAUGCAUUGCGGGUGGCGCUUUUGCCUAUUGCCCCUUCUUUUUUUUUCCCGUCUUACACUUUUAUAAAUAUUUUUGCUUCCUUUAGGGGAAGAUUGGCGUUUUUUCUUCAUUGAGCUGCCCGGUGUUGGCGGCGCUGUACUUGGAAGACAUACACAAACUAUACUACUACGCUGCGACGCAACUUGGGGGUUAGUUAAUAUAAUGAAUAGGAGUGGUAACGGUGGUAGUGACAGUGGUGGUUGUUUAAUAUACAUUGAAUACUUUUACACGUGAGUCCACCAAUGGGUGAAUGCCGUGUCCUAUGCUAUAUUGUGUGGUUACAGUGGUUACAGUGAAGCCAG